UGCCAUUUUCAUGGGCCAUAUAUUAUAUAAAGAUCAGUAUGUUCUUAUUGUUAUCUAGAAAUUAUAUUUUGUAUCUGAAUGACUCUGCAUUUUAGGUGCUGUAUAAUUUUCUACUUAGAAAAACUAACAGUGUUAUAUAAUAUCAUAAUGUCUAAUUUCUAAUAAUACUAUUUAUUUCAUAUUUUUAAAAUAUCUAAAAACAUUACUCUAUUUGUUGCCUACUGAGUUCAGUGGUGGACUAAGGAGGGGGGGGGAUGGGGUGGCCCACCCAGAGUCUCUAGUGUAAAGGGGCAUCCAAAUUCAGUACUUUUCAUAAUUAUUAAGUAAAAUAUUAUUUAUAACUGCUUAAUAUAAUGAAGUCAAAAGUUUGAUUUCUUGAUUUUGUUGUGUAUUACAAUAGCUACACUACCAAGAGAUAAUCUUAUAUAUGUAUGUUAUGUGCCCUUAGUAACUACGCAGUUAUUAAGUAAGCUUACAUUCUUGCACUAGGUGCUGCGUUAGCAUAAGAUAACAACUUCUCGCUAAUCAGUUGUUUGCCACGUGUCUCUAUUUUCUAUGGAUCUAUUGUUUGUUUAUUGUCCAUUGUGUAUUCCUGCUGGUCCUUAGUCAGCAGUCUAAAUUGUAUAAAUAGGUCUGCUGACAUUUGAAGUGUGUUCAUUAGAUACCCGGUUAGACUCCAUUAUAGUCAGUUGUAAUCUUUGUAACUUGUAAUUUGUAAGGGACUGUAAUUACAGUCCUCGAAUAAAGUUUUUAAAAAGUAUUUUUCAAAGUUAUCAAUUUAACAUGUAUAUGAAAUCACUGCAUACGCAUUUUGCUAGGCCAUUUGGGCCAAUCUGAAUCGAACUUGCAUCUACUUAGUAACAUACACAAUUUAUGCAUACAUGCAACUAACUGUGCACUGUGCACUGUUGAACAAAUGAAUGUGCAAUCAUCUCUGAUGAUCAUUUCUUAUUCUUGUAGUAAUUUAAUAAGUGGAACAUUUGUUGUGCAUAUUUAAGGUGGUAUGGGAUUUAAUGUAUUUAAUGGAAGCCUGAUAGCUGAAGAAAUUGCAUAUGGUUGUACAGGUGUCAUGACAGCUUUGGAAGCUAGUGGCUUAGGUCAAACUCCUGUUUUAUUGGCUGGAAAUGAUGCACAAAAGAAAAAAUACCUAGGCAGACUAGUAGAGGAACCUCUAGUAGCUGCCUAUGGUGUAACAGAACCAGGAGCAGGCUCAGAUGUAUCAGGUAUCAAAACAAGGGCAGUGAAGAAAGGAGAUGAAUAUAUACUCAAUGGUCAAAAAAUGUGGAUUACCAAUGGAGGUGUAGCUAACUGGUAUUUUGUGCUAGCUCGUACAGAUCCAGACCCCAAGGCUCCCCAAAGCAAAGCAUUCACAGGAUUCAUUGUAGAGAGAGAAUGGGAAGGUGUUACACCUGGCAGGAAGGAGCUGAAUAUGGGACAGAAAUGUUCUGACACAAGAGGUAUCACAUUUGAAGAUGUAAGAAUUCCCAAGGAAAAUGUACUGAUAGGGGAAGGUGCUGGUUUCAAGAUUGCAAUGAUGACCUUUGAUAAAACGCGACCUCCCGUUGCAGCAGGAGCAACGGGUUUAGCACAGCGUUGUUUAGAUGAAGCAUCCAAGUAUUCAAUCGAAAGGAAAACUUUUGGCGUACCGAUCGCUCACCAUCAAGCGGUUGCGUUCAUUUUGGCAGACAUGGCAGUGGGUGUAGACACCGCGCGUCUGGCUUGGAUGAGAUCAGCUUGGGAAACCGACAGGGGAAUCAAGAACACCCUCACAGCCUCGAUAGCCAAAUGCUAUGCUGCCGACGUGGCUAACAAAUGCGCAACAGACGCUGUGCAGGUGUUCGGGGGCAAUGGAUUCAACAGCGACUACCCGGUUGAAAAGCUUAUGAGAGAUGCUAAGAUCUACCAGAUCUACGAGGGAACGGCGCAGAUACAGAGGAUGAUCAUAUCUAGAGUUAUCAUCGAUAGGGCUAAGACAUUGCAGUAAAUUUUUGUGUAGUUUCUUCUAAUGGCUGAUUUUAGGUAAGACGGUACCCCAAUGUGUAUAUGGACUUAAGCGCCCAUUGAUAUAUGAUACCAUUUAUGAGAGCAGAGAAGCUGACCUAACACUAUCCCUUUCCGUUUCUAAAUUCUACAAAAGAAUUGUUAGGCGCCGUUAUAGUCUUAAUGGCUAUCGGAGUUUCUAAACUGGUAAACAUCUAUAAAAAAAUAGUCUAAAUGCUCUCAAUAAAUAACAAAUACAUCCCGGGUUAAAGUCAAUGAAGGAGUAAUUAUAAAAUGCAAGAAAGAAGCUCCAUUUCAAGACAAUAAAAUAGCCCCAAAGCGAAUGUCAUAUUUACAAUUUCAUGUGAUACUGAAAACCGUUUGAAAAAGUGCAUGUAAUGAGGCUCAAGAAUCCCUUGUAAUGUGAUGUCAAAUGUGGUUGUCUUUUAUCAUAGUUUAUCUGGCAUAAUAAGUUGAAAUCAUAUUGAGUGAAGGUAAAACGGUAAAUAGUAAACUUCCGGCUGAUUUCAGCAGCUUUUAUUACAAUAUAAAAUAAAAAUUGAAUUUACUUGACACUGAUCGUGAAAAAUUCAAAAAAAGCUUAGGACAUGUGUUGCAUGUCUUAGCAAAAUGUACCUUUCAAGCAUAUGAUUUCAAUCAUAAGUGAGCAUAUAUUUAUAAUUAGAUAAUUUAGCUUAUUGGCCUUCGAAUAUUGUAAAAAUCAAAGUGUCUUCCAAGUAUCAGGGAUUUUGCCUAUGUUAGGUAUCAAAGAUAAGUAGAUGAUUUUAGCUUUUCUAUUGAGACUUCUUAAGCUCAAAAUACUUUCCUACUGCUUUACUCAAGUCAUUACUGGAUACGAUGGUGACAUAUUUUUUUAUGAAAACACGAUUGAAAUCAAUCUCAACAACCAUUUUGUUGGAUUCGGAAUUGUAUUUUAAGGUUUGCAGUAUAAGAAUGUUGAUUUAUAAAAUUUUUUAUUACAUUAUAUUUAUCGUAUUGUGAAUAAAUUAUCUAAAAGAGUGG